GAAGAGGCAGAGCCGAGCUCGGGACCUCUUUCUCAAGUCUCGCUAGCUGCCCAUGCUUCUCAACCAUCGCCCAAUCGCGAGGGUCCUCCGCCGGUCCCCUCCACGGAGGCCACCAUUUCUCCACGUCUUCCUUAGCAAGAUGGCCACAAACGCACUUCCGGUGUGUGUGUGCUUACAAUUGCGUCCGGGCGGCUGCAGCGGGCGCCUUCUAUACGUUCCGGGCUCUUGGCUGCACCGAGCCCAGCGGUGAUGGCGGGCAGGCAGUCCGCUUGGAGCCGAGCGGCUGUUUUCAAGCUCCUUCUUGGCGUAAACUUGAUGGUGAUACCAUCCACCCAGGGCCGGAGUCUGCGCUUCGUUACCUUGCUGUACCGACAUGGAGAUCGCUCACCAGUGAAGACAUAUCCCAAGGACCCCUAUCAAGAAGAGGAAUGGCCCCAAGGAUUUGGCCAACUAACCAAGGUUUAUGUGCGAAGCACAGACUUUGAUCGUACCCUCAUGAGUGCUGAGGCCAACUUGGCUGGACUCUUCCCUCCCAAUGGGAUGCAACGCUUCAACCCUAACAUCUCAUGGCAGCCUAUCCCUGUCCACACUGUGCCUGUCACUGAGGACAGGUUGCUGAAGUUCCCAUUGGGCCCAUGUCCCCGUUAUGAGCAGCUGCAGAAUGAGACUCGGCAGACACCAGAGUAUCAGAACAAGAGUAUUCAGAACAUGCAAUUUCUGGACAUGGUGGCCAAUGAGACGGGGCUUACAGAUCUGACCCUGGAGACCAUCUGGAAUGUCUAUGACACACUCUUCUGUGAGCAAACCCACGGGUUGAUCCUGCCGCCCUGGGCCUCACCCCAAACCAUGCAGCGUCUGAGCCAGCUAAAGGACUUCAGUUUCCGCUUCCUCUUUGGGAUCCACGAGCAAACAGAGAAGGCCCGGCUUCAGGGGGGAGUCUUGCUGGCUCAGAUACGGAAAAAUCUGACCCUAAUGGCCACCACCUCCCAACUCCCUAAACUGCUGGCUUAUUCUGCGCACGACACUACCCUAGUUGCUCUGCAAAUGGCACUGGAUGUCUACAAUGGUAAACAAGCCCCCUAUGCUUCCUGCCACAUAUUUGAACUGUACCAGGAAGAUGAUGGGAAUUUCUCUGUGGAGAUGUACUUUCGGAAUGAAAGCAAGCAGGCCCCCUGGCCAUUGAUCCUACCUGGGUGCCCUCACCACUGCCCACUGAAGGACUUUCUUCGCCUCACAGAGCCUGUUAUACCCAAGGAUUGGCAGCAGGAGUGCCAGCUGGCAAAUGAUUCUGCAGACACAGAGGUGAUCGUGGCCUUGGCUGUCUGUGGCUCCAUCCUCUUCCUUCUCAUAGUGCUGCUCCUCACUGUCCUCUUCCGGAUGCAGGCCCAGCCUCCUGGCUACCACCACGUCGCAGACAGGGAAGAUCAUGCCUGACAACCACUCAGCCCCCUUCCCUCUGCCUCCUAGGGGAGGUGGGCUGGGCCCUUCCUCCUGACUGUUGCUGCUCCCUAGCCCAUGGACAGAACCUGGGUUGAGCCUCCCUGACUACCCCAGCCCAGAUGAGUGGGGCUUGGUUUGGCCCAUGGCACCUGUCAUUCAGCAUUGACAUGCCUGAUGUUUAUCAAGUACUGUGUCGGACACUGGCUUUCUCUAAACAGGAUUGCAUCUUUCAUACUCCCUAAGGACCUGAGAUAUGGAGAAGUGUUCAGGUUUCACUCAGGAACCUGGGAUAAAAAAAAAAAAAAAAAGAACUGAAGGAGCCAGUACUUAAUCUGUCUUGCUCUUCCACCAAUCCCUGCUCUGUCUCUUCCAGCCUGGAGUCUUUGGCAAAGGACUCUGUCUUGCUACUCAACGUUUACUUGGAAGGAUAGACUGCAUACCACUGGGGGUACAAUACUGGCUACCAAAGGCCCAGAUCGCCCAACAACCAACCGGCCAAGUUUCCCAUUAUUUGGCUGAAGCCACCAUUAGUGUUGACACUAUUGCUGCUCAGGCACUAUUGUCCUCCCUUGCAGGUGGUGUGGGCAAGUUGGAAGGAUGUUUGUGUUGCAUUGGGGAGGGAGUUGGGGGGAAGGGGAGUGAAUCAUGUAGAAUCUUGAGAUAUUCUUUCUCAGCUGGGCUGGACUCUUCAGGGACCUGAGGGUAAAUGGAGAUGGACAACUGGACAGCUCUCAACUGCGGCCCAAAAUAGGGCUGAGGCAGCUCCAAGAAUGAAGUGUUGGAUUGUGA